GUUUUAAUUUGCCACGGAAGAAAGAAGAGAAGAGAGAUCCGAAAAUUCUCAUAUAAGUCCCCACUCUUCUUCUUCGUCAUCUUCCUUCGCCCUUGCUUUGCUUGCCUGCUUGCUUCUUCUUCCACUCUGACGCGAGAGAGAGAUAGAAAGGAAUUUACAAAGGGAGAGAGAAAAUAAAUAAAAAAGAAAGACUAAGAAGGAGAAGAAGGAAAAGGGAAACCCAGAAAAUCUGUCCCAGCAAAAAGAGAGAAUCUAAAAUUCGGAAACUGAGAAUAAUUUUUUGUUUUUGUAUAAAUAACAACAAAUCUUUUUUCCUUCUCUCUUCCCCCUUUUCCAUUCUUCUUCCAUUUUGCACCAUCACACUCUUCCUUCCUUCCCUUCCCCCCCUUUCCUGGUUUCACAUUUGCUUUCACAAGGCUUCCGUUUCUUCUUUCCUUUCCCAUCACCAUUUUUCCAAGAAAUUCUUCCUGAUCGCAUCCUUGGAUCGCUUUCUUUCUUUCUGGGUUGUGGGUCGAGGAAUCACAAAAUUCAGUUUUUCUUAUCUGGGUUUUGAUCAGGAGAAGAAGAAGAAGAAAAAAGGGGAAGCGCGCUUUUUCCUCUCGCUUUUGUGGGUAGUGUGGGUGAAGGGUCGUUCUCGGUUGUUACUUACUCAUGCCAGAUACUAAUACUAACAACAGUGGCAGCAAUCACAAGCCGGUGAAAAGCAAUGUUGGGUCUAAUCAAUCCCCUGAUAAGAACAUUGAAGAAGCGAUUAGAAGGUUGAAGAUUCAUGAUAAUAAUCAGGAGCAAGUCGGGGUGACCGAGACCGGGUCAUACCCAGAUCGACCCGGUGAGCCUGACUGUGUGUAUUACUUGAGGACUGGGGUUUGUGGCUAUGGCAGUAAUUGUCGCUAUAACCACCCCCAGUAUGCUGCUCAGGUCACAAAGGCUUCGCAGUUCAGAGAUGAACUUCCUGAGAGAGCUGGAGAGCCUGACUGUGGGUAUUAUCUGAAAACAGGCACUUGCAAGUAUGGGUCAACAUGUAAAUACCAUCACCCAAAGGACAGGAAUGGUGCAGGACCAGUUUCGUAUAACCUUCUCGGUCUUCCCAUGAGACAGGAUGAAAAGUCAUGCCCUUACUAUCUGCGUACUGGUUCAUGCAAAUUCGGAGGUGCAUGCAAGUUCAACCAUCCCCAACCUGCAGCAGCGCUUGAACCUGGGGUGCCUCUUCCUGGUGGGCUCUCUACCUAUGGAUCGACGACCAGUUCAUCCAUGAUCCCGACUGCUGGUUUGCCUUACAUUGGCGCGCUUCCAACAUGGUCCUUUCCCAGAGUUCCAUACAUGUCAGGCCCACGUUUGGAAACUCCACAGGCUUUUGCUCCUCUUUAUAUAUCUCCUUCCCAAGGAAUCUCUCCUGCACAAGGCUGGAACACUUAUGUGGUGAGUAGACAUAGAGAUAGUUAUUCAGUUUAAUCCCUUCUCAACUUUUGGUACAUUGACUAUGUUAGAACCUGGUAAGUUCUAUGGCAUUCUGGUUGCACUCUCUAGGUUGGUGUGAUAAGUUUGUAGUUGUCUACUAUUCAUCAGAGUAGCGUGAACAGGGAUUACUAUCAGGUGACUAUGCCUAUGGACCAGAUUAUAUGCAGGUAUUUUGGACUAGAAUCAUACACCAUAGUAUCAUUCUUCCACUUCCACACUCUCCAUCCUCCUUCCUGUCUUCUCACUUCUGCCGCCAGAAUGUCGCGGUUUAAUUAGGGAUUCAGUAGCAUUUAGUAGGGAUCUAGUAGGAAUACGGUAUGAAUUUGGCCAGAAUUUGGUUGGGAUAUAGUAGGGAUCCCUUGAUUAAACUUUUUUUUUAUUAUGCCUUAAAACUUCACCUUUAACAAGCUAUUUCUGAAGAAAGUUUCAAUCUUGACUAUACAAGAAACCUUCCUUCCAACAGUCUCACAUGCUUGAAGUGCCUUUAGUUGGUAGUCUCAGGUCUUUAUGGUCACGAUACUAUUUUCUCUUUUCUUUAUCUCCCCUGAAUCUGAUGCUCUCAUUUGUUCGUCAGGGAAACUUGAGCCCAAUGUCUUCUUCUCCAAGCAUCCUGGGUUCAAACCUUGUAUUCAACACCUCCAGGAAUCAUCAAGGUGACUCGGGGGGUUCCAGUGGGCAACAAACGCAUUUGAUAUACAACGCACCACCUAGUUCUAAUCUUCCUUCAAGACCUGAUCAACCAGAAUGCCGACACUUCAUGAACACCGGCACCUGCAAAUAUGGGUCCGACUGCAAAUACCAUCAUCCAAAGGACAGAACUGCUCAGCUAGCAACCAAUCCUGGCCCACUUGGCCUUCCCUCUCGACCCGGGCAAGCUCUAUGUUCCAACUACAUUUCCUAUGGCUUCUGCAAGUUCGGUUCAAACUGCAGAUUCGAUCACCCGUUCACCACUGGAUACCCUUACAGCUACAGCUUGACCGUUCCUCCGUUACCUGUCCUUGAUUCUUCCAUGGUUACUUAUCCAAGAAUGUCACCUGCUGAACCACCUUCUCUGUCACCAUCGCCGAAUAAGGUCCCCAAUAGCAAUGGUGCUGCUAGAAACAACAAGCAACAGUAUCAGAUGAGUGCAGGUAUGAAUAAGAAGACAAUGGUGACUACAACUACUACUACGACGACGACUACUCCUCCAUCUGAUGAUACUACUGACACGGCUGGAGAUCCUUCACCACCACCACACUCCUCGUCGAAGGCUUCUUCCGAGGUUUCACAUGAUUGAUCGAUUUUUGGCCUACAAUGGAAGCCCUACCUGUGUGCUUCCCUUCUUUUUUGGUUCCCUUUUCCCUUGGCUAUUCCUUCCGUCUAUUGAACAGAACAACUCUUCGGUAUAUCUAAGAACAAAGAGAAAUUUUUUGGUCACAUGUAAGACACCCCCACUUUUUUCUGUUGAAUCCCAGAGAUAUAGGUUGAUUUCGGUAAUGCCCGAAAAGUUGGAUGAUGAUGAGGCAAGAAAAAACAUUUUAGGGGGGGUGUAUGUACAUGGAAGGCAAAGUAUUUAAUUUGUCUUCUCUUUUCUUUUUGGGUUGUGAAUAAAACUUGCAGGUGAAAGUCUCUUUUGCCUUUGCUCAAUUGGCUACUCUAGUGGCAGCUGCUACUCUCAUUCUUUUUUGUUUACUUCACGAACAAGGGAAGUGGAUGCGUGUGUUGCAAGCAAAGUGAACUCAUUGAGAAAUGUUUGAUGUGAUUCUAAUCUAUAUACAGAUGCAUCCUUUCCAGGUACAAAUAACCAAUGCCAGUGAAGUGAUAGCUAAGUUCGAUUAAUCCAA